GACCAGUAACACCCUAGUUUCCUCAUCUUACAUUUGAUAUUUGUAAGUGAAAAUGGCUUCAAAGACGUUUCUUCUUCUUGCCCUGGCUUUUGCCGUCGUUCUUCUCAUUAUCUCAGAAGUCGCUGCCGCUAAAGAAUUAGCCUCCAACCAUGACGGUGAGGUUGACGACUUUGGAGGAUACAAUGGCGGUGGACGUGGAGGGUACAACAAUGGUGGUGGAGGGUACAACAACGGUGGUGGACGUGGAGGGUACAACAACGGUGGAGGACGUGGAGGGUACAACAACGGUGGUGGACGUGGAGGAUACAACAACGGUGGUGGACGUGGAGGAUACAACAACGGUGGUGGACGUGGAGGAUACAAUGGUGGUGGUGGAAGACAUGGAGGUUGCAGAUACGGUUGCUGCGGCGGUGGACGUUACUACAACGGAGGAGGUUGUAGGUGUUGCUCCUCGUUUGCAGAGGCAACUGCCUACAAACAAACUCAAAACUGAUAAGGGAAUCGUAUAUGAGAAAGAUGUUUUACCAUGCUAUAUCAUGCAUCAUGUGCUUCUUAUAUAUGUAGUAAGUGGCAUGUAUUCUUUCUAAAGAAACAUGCAAUUGCCAAUUAGUAUGUGUUAAAUAAAAGUGGAGUUCGAAUCACAAAUGCGUUGUAAUAAUUUACUCAUGCAAUAAUAUUUUCCUUUUUCUAGCUCA